AUGGCCGGCCCGGUGCACGUCCUCGAUAAUGACUACCUCGCCAUCUCUCUUCUCGUCACCGUCGCCUACCAAUGCUCGGCUUUGCGAUUGCGUGGACGUUCCAGGUCUCGAUACUUCUUUGCCUUUUCGUCGUACUAUGCUCAUCUUCUCCAGUUCGACAAAAUCACCGACUUCACUGGAGGAUCAAACUUCUUCAUCCUUUCCCUCCUAACGCUGCUCCUUGGACAACACUUCGCGGCCAGGAACAUCGUCACUAGUGUUUUCGUCAUGAUCUGGGCCGCUCGUUUGGCAGGUUUCCUCCUUUUCCGCGUCUUGAAGACAGGCAGCGACACUCGGUUCGAUGACAUCCGGUCUCAUUUCUUCAAAUUCUUCGGCUUCUGGGUGGGCCAGAUCAUUUGGGUCUGGGUGGUGUCUCUACCGGUUAUCGUCCUCAACUCGCCCAAGGUAUCGAGCGGUGUAGCUCCCGCCUUUGGAACCGCCAGCGACAUACUCGGAAUCCUCAUCUGGUCCGUUGGCUGGCUUAUAGAGUCCGUCGCCGACUUGCAAAAGUACCGCUACAAAGCGUCUGGACCCCCGAAAGAGAAACUCAUCGACUAUGGUCUCUGGGCGUGGUCGCGUCAUCCUCCGUAUUUUGGCGAGAUCCUGUGUUGGUGGGGCAUCUGGACCCUCGCCGUUGCUCCAAGCGUCAGUGGAACAGUCAGCCCCGGAGCGCGGGCUGCGCAACUGGCCGCGCUUGUGUCGCCUCUGUUCACUAUGGUUCUGCUCCUGUUUGGCUCUGGGGUACCCACCGCCGAGAAACCCGCGGCGCAGAAGUAUUACAAGAUGUCGUACCCCGACGAUGACUCUGGCACAGACAACGACUUCCACGAACGCCAGCCCCAGAACGCGGCGUGGGCAAAUUACCAGACGUAUCGUGCACAGACGUCGAUUCUCGUUCCGAUGCCUCCAGCUUUGUAUCGCGUGCUCCCGCGCUGGUUGAAGCAGACUGUGUUCCUGGACUUGCCGAUGUACGAGUGGGUUCCAGGAAAGGGACAAUGA